CGUGGUUUGUGAGGGGUUUCGUAAAGUUGUUCAAACUCACCACGGCUUCAAAGCAAUGAUAAACGUUUGCAAACAAUAUCGAUUUCCGAGGGAUUAAACAGUAACUUUUGUUUUACAAAAACGGUGAUGUGAGAUCCAAGUUUAGCUCCAACGAACGUGUGUGCAUCGUUAUGACGAAAACGAACCAAUCAGGAGACGCCAUAGACCUCGGCACAAUAGGACACCAGAACCUAACAACCUUUGUUAUUGAAAUGGCGGCGAUGUAAACGGUCGCCAAGCAUUCCCUUGUGUGAAAUAUUUGAGUUUUAAAAAGCUUCGUCCAGUAACCGCAGAAGGAGAGACCAUCAAAUAUUCAGGACUUCUCGAGGGGUCGGUAAAUGCUCGAAAGCACUUCGAUAACUGCUGCGAAUUGUGGAUUAGUGAAAGCGUGUGGACGCCAUAUUUGAUCUGUCAAAGAUCUGCUUUCGAAUUACUGGCAACGCUCUUGGACUUGUAUCAGCUGCGUGGAUUUAAACCGUUGGCUCUGUUUGUGGUUAUAUAUAGCUUUGGAAUUUGCCAGCAACUUUACGGCGAGACGGUGCUAAAACAGUUUACAAGCGCUGGAGUUCUACGGAAUCCUUCGAACUUUGGAGAACCGUGUUGUUUUUGCCGAACGUGAGUACCAAACGACGCUUGAACACGAUAUUUUGACAGCUGUUUCCUCAUCGAGUUUGAAGUCGUUGUAUUCUGAGAAAGUUUAUCGCAUUGAGCGAUUUUUAUUUGGUGGAAGAAUGGAAAUUCACCUAAGUAAAGAGUAAACUGCGCCCUAAAUUGACAUUCCAAGCCCUCCAGCUCGGCCGUUGAUCGGUAAGCUUAGAAGGGCAAAUACCACAAACGAUAAGGAAAUCAACUUAGCUGCUUAUGCAUCGCCACUGGACUGUGAAACGGCAAGUUUGCGUGAAUUUGUGAAAGACUUUAGAGCUUCGAAAUCGUUUGAAAAACAAUGCAUUUGGCGUUACUGCAGUUUAACCUUGAACGGCUUGCCAGAAUUUGCGUUGUCUGGGUUUUUGCAUCGAGUUUGAUUGUUGUGUCGGCUCAGAAUGGCACCUCUCCGUUUUCAAACUUACUGUGUAACUUGCAGUGUCCAUCUGGUUUCCACUGCUUUAACAACACCGUUAAGACGACGGUAAUUGAAUGGGGACACAAUGGUCAUAUCUGUAACGGCCAGUCACCUGGAGAAUGUUAUAAUGGAGAAAUUGACCCCAUGGGGUUUCAAAGAGCUCCUAGACAAGUUCCUCGAACAGUUGUACAAGGGGAUACUGUGAUAUUUGAACCGGGUACAAUCAUACUUGAAGUUCUGAAUGUUUCAAGAGAUGCUUUCUUUAGCUGUGACUCAGUGAAUGGACAGCUGGUUGAAAAUAGAACUGAUUCCUUAUUCCAAGUGCCUUCAAAGUAUUUAAACCCACCUGGAAUCAAGUAUUUUAUAACAGAAGAGGACAUUUUUAGAAGUUGUAGUUUUGGUAUAAGGCUUGAAGUGUAUGUACGUAGCCGUCAACAGCCAGGCUGUAUAAACUCAGCAAUACCUAACUUAGGUGUAUGCAGCGGGGUUGGUCUUUGCACCAGUCAGGCAAACACCUUUUUUACACGGAAUUACUCUUGCUUAUGUUGUGAUGCGUACAAAGGACAGUACUGUGAAGAGCUAGACAGUUGUCAUGCCAGUAGGAACCCUUGUAAAAAUGGUGCAACAUGCCAAGAUAUCGUGGAUGGUGUCGCCAAUAGCUUUAACUGUAGUUGUGUGCCUGGAUAUGAGGGAACCUUUUGUGAAAAGAACAUUGAUGAAUGCCAGUCUAGUCCAUGCAUAAAUGGAGGAUUUUGUGUGGAUAACAUCAAUCAAUACACAUGUUUGUGCCCACCAGACACUGAAGGGGUAAAUUGUGAAGUUGUUAUCAAAGAUCUUUGUGCAGAUAACCCGUGUGCUAAUGGAGGAACGUGUCUAAGAUCUGGAGAUAAACGUAGGAAUUAUACUUGUAUUUGUCCUCCAAAUUUUACUGGCCGAAACUGUACAGUAAACAUCACUUCAUCGUCUGUUGUGGUUACUUCAACACCACCUUUUCAAACAAGUAAGGUAUUUUCCACCUCUUUGGUGGCAAAUUUUAGCUUUGUCACUCAAGGAUCAUCAAGCUCUUCUAUCAUUACAAUAGCAGUGACAUCUUCCAUUCCUAAAAUGUCACAAAUAAUCACAGGAACUAGCUCCUCACAAGAAAUGUCACCUGCAAUGUCCUCGCGGCAGCUGUCAUCUGUGUCUAUGAUGACUAGCAAGUCAGUAACUUCACUUUCAUCAUCAACACUACAUGUACGGUCAUCCUCAACAGUAAGGUUGUCGUCUUCAUUUUUGUCAGUUCAUGAGACAUUUGUCUCUUCCUCGCUUCCUGCUAUACAGACCUCAUCACAAGUGACAUUUUCAUCUGUGUUACUUACUCCAACAGCAGUUAACAGCAGUGUUUCACAAGCUGUUACUCCAGUCAUAACACCAAGUGGAAGCCAAACUGUGGUAACUAUGACAACCGAGUCCAUGGAGAGUUUCUCAUCACGACCAGCUGAGACUUCAUCUUUGCAAUUAACAUCAUCACCUGGAUCAAGCCGGCCACUGUCAUCGUCUUUGUCUUUAUCACUUAAAUCAUCACCAGAAUUAACAUCAACUGUUACAGAUCCUGCGAGCACAUCCCUAAUGUUCUCUUCUUCUGUUGCCUCACCAUCUGUAGCAUCAAGGUCAUCCAUUAGAACAACUCCAUUAUCAUUAUCAUUAUCAACUGUCUAUUACACGUCAACUGUCAAGAUAUCUCCGUCAAUGAGUACUGUUCUUAUCUCCUCAUCAGUAGUGCCCACUACGUCACCUACACCAACUACAGUACCCUUAAUAAAUCAGACUUGUAUUGACAAUCCUUGUAACAAUGGAACAUGUGUUGACGAGUCAUACUUAGGAAACAAGUUCCGUUGUGAGUGCCCUUAUCCAACAAUUGGACCAGUGUGUACAAGUGGUGAGUGGUAAAGUUAUGUCCUUAGCCUUUGAUUUUUAAUUUAAGGGUGCAUUCCUGUGGGAUGAUCAGGAUGUGAAUGGUUCAAGAUCAUUCUGAUCAUAGUGCAUCAAAAGAACCAGUGGGUUCUUUCCAUUAUGCCAAAAAAAUCUGGAAAUUUCAGUACCUAGAAGUCAAAUGGAAAGGUUCGUUUUGGUUUGGUUUGACUGGAAUAGCAGGCACUACCUCUGGGGGCGAGUCACUUUAAAUGGUCGGACCAAUCCAACUGAAAUUUGCCAUCCCAUAUUGACAAACCGGUUUGUUACCCUACUUUCCUCUUCAGCAGAUUUUAUUUUUGUUGAAGCCUGGGGAAUGGAAAAGAAAAUGAUAAGAGCUAUUCCUUGCGGUUGGCAAGGAUUGACUGGAAAUAUUGUUCCAUUUUCCUUGAUUUGACUCCUGCUACAUGUACAGUGUAACAUCUGCAGGCUAGGCUGACGUAAUAGAAAACACCAAGUAAAUCCUUGUCCAGAGAGUGGAUGUACUGUAUCCAUUCCUUUGAUGCACGAUGAUCCAAUACUGACUUGGAUCAGUGUUCUUGAAACGCACCCUUGGUAAUAAUUGUGCAAGAUGAGUUAUUUUUGGUGUACAGUAGGAUGAAGGGUAAUUCGCAGUCCUUUCAGGCAUUAAAUGCAUUCUUACAGAGUACACAUGUAGAGUAACUUUUCAGUCAUGAUUAACUGAGCAUGCUAUACAUCUGAACAUGUACAACCGAGUGUCCUUUAAUUAAUUAAACUACUUACUGUAAACACAUUUCAGAAUGAUGUGAAAUACAUAAUAUCACCAGAUAAAAAACAAGACAUCCAAUCAUGUACAUGUAUAUUACAUUGAAUGUUUUGAUGGAAUAAUUUCAGCAGACUGUGUUAUUAAUUAUU